GUGGUUAUGGAAUUGUAUAUGGAGGAAAUUGGGAUGAUGGAUGUAUUAAAAGAUGGGAUGAUGAAACUAAACAGUGGAGUAGAUUUAGUUAUCAGGAUGUUGUUCUUAAAAGUUUACGUAAUUCAAAAAAUCAAAUUGAAGAAUUUUUGGAAGAGGUAUUUAUCUAA